AUGCGUACUCUCUUCAACAUCCACAGUCAACAUCGUUGCCAAAGUAACUCUCCAAUCGAUAUUCGUGCUGCUGAUGUCGAUUAUGCUCUUCUACACAGGUUGCAUUUUAUCCACUACGACAUUACUGGUCCAAUCAAUAUUGUUAAUAAUGGACAUACAGUAAAAGUUGAUGGAUUUGACAAAUGGGGCUCAAAGCAGCCCUACAUACAAGGUGGUGGCUUGAGACACCGUUAUAAUCUGGUGCAGUUCCACUUCCACUGGGCGCAGCACGAUCAUCAUGGAUCCGAGCAUAAAAUUGGUGGACUGCAUUAUCCGGCGGAACUGCAUCUGGUGCACGUAAGGCAUGACGUUCCUCUUAAAGACGCGUUGCGGAAGCGAGAUGGCAUAGCGGUUAUUGGUGUUUUCAUCGUCAUCGGGCAUGACGGGAGUUCAAUAGCCGAAUUUUCACCGACCUUUGGGAACCUCGUGUUUCCUGGAAAUCGGUCGAGGGUUGAAGGUUUCCGUGCUCGUACGCUGCUACCUGCACACACGGAUGCUUUUUACCGAUAUGUGGGUAGUCUUACGACACCGGAUUGCAACGAGGCCGUCAUCUGGACAGUACUCAGCGAGCCGAUCUCGAUGACCCGUUCACAGAUGAAGGACUUGCGGCAAUUGCAUUCAAGUGACGGCGGUCGCUUAAUGCACAAUUUCCGACCUAUACAACCACUAAAUGGGAGAAGAAUCCUCUACAGACCAAGUUCAUUCGAUAAGAAACUGCUCUGCGGUGGUAGUUCGGCUGUCAGAGUCAUUGCUGCUGUGCUAGUAACCAUAAUAUCUUAUCUUCAUUAA